AUGAGGCGCAGACGCGUUGUGUUUAUGUGUGAGGAGUUCUUCAAGUCCCUCUCCACCCAAGUGCACACAGGGGGAAAGAUGCAAGUGGAAGGGCUGGCGUACCACACGCCCAAUGAGACGCCACACGAUGUGAUGCAGGAGUCUGUAUGGUGCAACACCCCCGCCCACCGACGAAAGGCGGCCAAGGAUAAUGCACCCAUGUGAUGUGUUUGCGACGACGAUGAGGAUGA